CAUGGUCCUUUUCGCAGAACCGCCGACACUGACUGAAGCUGCUCUUUUCCUGUUAUCGUGGAGAAACGUGCGCAGCGUAUCCAUGUAGGUCGGUGAUGUAUGUGGCGACCCCGCAAGCCUGUCCUCAAUGUCCAAAAGUUCCGCAUGGUGCCCGAGCAUGAUAUCUUGCGGCAGAUUCAGCAGCGUCCUCAGCACAAAGAGCCCCUCGCUCUUGGGCGUGGUGCGCAUCACGCAAUCCAGCAGGUUGUUGUCCUGGGAAUCCGUGGGCGGCAUAGGUCCCCAAGCAAUCCCUGCAUAAGCGUCGUAGUCGCGUCGUGUCACCUCGUCCAAAAUUCGAAUCAACGAGGCCGUCGCCAGCACGGCAACAGUAGUGCUUGCUUCUUCGUCCGUCUGCUCCUCGUCGAACUGUUCGUUGUAGUAGUCGUCUAUGGCUCCUACUAGCCUUUCGAGCCGGACGGCACAGGUUUUGACAUCGAGAGCCUCCGACUGCGUGUUGGUCGGCCCGCGAGCGACAUAUUCAUCCAACGCCUUGAAAACCCGAUCGAUUCGACGGUUGAUCUUGUCGAAGAAGGUUUGGGCCUGGAACACUGGGUGGAUGAUUUCCUGCAGUUGGAUAAAAAAUGCCGGGUUCUUGAUUGCGUGCUGACUCAACAGACUUCUGAGCUCGCGGUACUUUCGUGAUCGCACCGAGAGAUCCGAUGUUUCUCCGCGCUUGAACUCAAAGGGAAGGGCUUCGGUGGGGUCAAAGACAGAUAGCAUGUUGGCAAUUUCAUCCAGCAUCUCGUCUUCCUCUGGCAUGACAUCCUCUUGGAAAGUCCAGUCAAGAUUGGUUGCAAUGGUAUCGAGGGAGAAUCUCUCGAUAAUCGCUGCGGGGUGCAGGUUCCGCACACUGGAUCCGUCCUUGUUGAUUUGGAGAGGUUGUGCUUUUGGUGUAGCCGACGCCAACUGGCCCAACAUCCAGAAGAUAUGCUUUGCCAUAUUCUUCGUUGGCUCCGCAGCUGCACUUGGGUGCUCUAUUUUCGUGCAUCGCUACCGUGAUAUCAUCUUCC